UAUCGGAACAUUGAACCAUCGAUAGUUUAGUAGCGCGAUAGUGCCCUACCAUCGAUAGUGUCGAUAGUGCCAUCGAUAGUUCUCCACCUCUAGUCGCAAUGAAAACAACGCCGCAAGUGAAUCUGUUGGCUUGUCUGCUUCUCCUGCCGCUGUUCUGUGUGGUGCUGCCGGUGAAUGGCUACGACAAGGAGAUGACCGUCUAUGUGGAUGCCGGCAAGACGGAGUGCCUGUACCACAGCGUCAAGCAGGGUGAGACGAUUGACUUUGAAUACCAGGUGAUCGAUGGUGGGCAUGGGGACCUGGACAUCAGCUUCACCCUGCUCGAUCCCAUUGGCCUGGUGAUAGUCAGUGAUUUUAAGAAGCCGGAGAACAUGCACCGUCACGAUGUAGAGAAGGAGGGCGACUAUCGUUUCUGCUUCGACAACAGCUUCAGCAUGUUCAACCGCAAGACGGUCUUCUUUGAGCUGAUUGUGGAGCGUGAGGGCGAUCAGCAUCAUGGCGACACACAGUGGAACGAGGAUCUGGCCGAUCUCACGCCCGACGAGUACUACGACAUGAAGGUGCAGGACAUCAUGGACUUUAUCGGCCGCAUUCGUCUGCAGCUGAACAAGGCCCGCCAGCUGCAGGACAUGCUCCGAUCGCAUGAGGCCCGCGACCGCAAUCUGGCGGAGACGAACUUCCAGAAGGUCAACCACUGGUCGAUGCUGCAGAUCAGUGCCAUGAUUGGCGUUGGUCUCAUCCAGGUCUUCAUGCUGCGCAGCAUCUUCGAGACCCAUGGUCGCAUGCAUCACCUGUGGCGCAAGCUGGGCAUUUGAUGAAGCAACUCCGCCAGCCAGCCGGAGAAGACUGUGGAGUGUUUACCAAAGAUGCGAGAGCUUGAUCAUUUUCAGAAGCCAGGUCCAUGUCCAUGUCCAACAGCAUUUCAACAUAAUUUGCCAAUUAGUAUGUAAGACAUUGUACGGCUCAUAAGCCGCAACCGCUUGCCAUCAUCUUAGUUCUAUAUAGUUCUUCAUGCAUACAUAUUUAUUGAAAUCAGAUGUAUCUACUAUAUAUAUAUAUUGACUAUAUAUAUAUAUAUAUAUAUAUAUAUAUAUACCAACGUGUCUGCUUGCAUGCGUGAGUGUGUGAUUGUGUAGGCAUUGUUAAACAAAAGCAAUUUUUAAUUCUAAGCAAAACUAAGAGGUUAUAUGAAAUAAAAACAAGAAUGAAGUGAAA